UUUAAAAAUACAGCACAUCAAUAAAUUAUAUCGACCAACAGUCAAUCUAUCAAAAAUAUCUAAAAGAAAGAAGUUUGUCAUUUCGUUGUCAAACGUCACUCAACGUAAAAUCUUUUUGUUCAUAUUCGUCAAGAUGUUUACAAGAUUCGAAGGAAGAAUAAAAUGCCAAUCCAUUCCAUGGCAUGACAAAGAAAUGUCAACGUCAAGAUUUAAAAACAUUUUCAAAAUUAAUUUUUCGUUUUUCGCAUAUUUAUUAAUGCUCCCGAUGUGUAAUAAAUAGGCAUUUUGUAUGAAAUAUUAUACAUACUUUUAGAUGUUGACUUUACUUAUAGUAUUGGCGGCGGUGAUCUCGGCUCUUCAUUUGAGAACCCUUAUCAUGAGUACAGAGGACCGUCAUUUCCUCAACAAACAAGAGGUAAACGGAGCUGCAUGGGGCAUCAGCAAGUUAUGGAAUUCCGCCAUGGAACAAUACGGUCUGCCGAUGGCUCACUACUGUGUCAGUGUUGGAUAUGCUAUCUAUUUGCGGCUCACAUUCAUUAAUGUGAUGAUAUUUAUUCUCAAAUACGUGCCGACGGGGUUCUACAUGUACAAGUUCAUUAGAGAUAUGUACGUGACUUCUCGGGAGAGAAUAAAACAAAAACAAAACGAGAUAGAAGACAUUCAACUCCAGAUUCAGAUAGUGAAUACGAAGCUAUGUGUACGGGACGCGGAGUUUGCGGAGCGAGCUGAGCAGUUGCGGCGCGGCGCGGAGAGACUGCGGCGCGUGCGGGCGCGAGUACGCGAGGUAAUCGCGGCCGACGACACGGUGCGCCACGCUAUUGACAACGCUGCCGUCUGGGACGCUAACAAAGACUUGCACAUGCACUGCGCACCUCAGGAGGAAGACCGAGAAUUCAUAGUGGAAUUAUUAAAGGAGUUGAAGUACGACCACAUGGCGAAUCCCGAGAGGCAGCCAGAGAAGAUGGAAUGUGGAGAGCGUGCGCCCACGGACCCCACAACGCCGGAAAACAGCGUGUACUCCUCACUCAGCGACGCCGACGUCAGACAAGAUUGUCGAGUGAAAAUUUUAAAAGUUACCAACGUGUAUAAGGUUGCUUAUCUUAAGCAUUACAUCAAACAGAAAAGAUUGCGGAGAGCCACCAAGCAAGCGAUGUUGAAGAAGAAAAUGGAGAGUAUUAAGAAAUUAUUAGAAGAUUGGCAGAAGACCCUUAACAUGGUAAUUAACAGUAAGCUGACUAUACUGAACUUGGACCCACAUCCAAUCGACGUGGCGUCGCAGGAAGCCAUGGGGGAUUACUCCAAGCCUCGCGAAGCAUCCGACUCGGAUAGCGAUUUCAGGAAUAGUUGUACAGACGUGCGUUACGACGAAUAUAGUUUAAGCUGGGCCGAAAAUCCUUACAAGCCAUAUGCAUAUAACUAUGAGGAUGUUGCUGACGCGAACAGAGAUUACUAUGACACCCAGCAAGACUUUGGCGACGUAAAGCCAAUGUUCGCGUGCGAGCGCGGGAAGAUGCCGAACAUGAUGUCGAUCAUCGAGGAGACCAACAGUCAGAUAGCCAUCGAAGAGAUAAAGAGUGAGUGCGGCGACGAUUAUGAGUGCCGCGACCUGGUCGUACUGUAAUCUAACACUUUUGUAUCUAUAUUUAUUGAAUAUAAUGUUUUGGUGAAAUUGUUAUUUUCGUUUUAUCUUAUCAUAAUUACUAGCAGUCGCGUAGGAACUCAAAGACAAGUCAUUCUUUACUUAGGUUGUAACUGAUAUAACGAUCAACAUACAUGUUAAGUUUCAAUGGUCUUCUAUACAUGUGAAUCUUAAAAUAAUUUGACAUAAAUCUCAUAGUAGCUACGGACGGCGA